AUGGCCUCUACAACACAGGAGCCCGACUAUUAUGAAGUUCUUCAGGUCUCACGGGACGCAGACACAAAAACAAUCGCGUCGAGCUAUAAGCGCUUAGCCCUGACCACGCACCCUGAUAAGAAUAGAGCAAAUAAUGCAAAAGCUGCCUUCCAGCUCAUUAACGAAGCGUACUCGACCCUUAUCGAUCCCGCAACUCGGCAAGCCUACGAUGCCAAAUACCACGCCUUCAAGCACACAACGGCCCGGCCCUCGGCGAGUCACUCAAAUGGACAGACGUCAGAUGAUAACAGGGGGAAGUCAUCAAUGGAAGACCUAGAAUCAAAGCUUCGACAAUGCCAAUCUGACGCCAGGAUCGCAGAGCGCCAUCUCAGCGUUGCACGCGAGAAGAAGAUGAAGCUCCAAACAGAAAUAUCCCGUUUGAACAAUGAGGUUCGGACAAUGGAGCAAGACAAGGCAUCCACGGGGCAAGUUAUGUGGGACUACAUGACUUCCUUUCUCCCCGGAGGAGUGGCUCGACUUGAACAGCAAAAACAAGAACAAGAUCGCUUAUAUCGCGAAAAGCUUGCUGCUCGACGAAUCAAAGAGGCGGAAGCAUCUAAGAUCGAGUCGGAGAUUAGAAGGCGAAAGGAAGAAGCCAGGAAGCUCUUCCAUGAGACCUAUCUCCGAGACUGGGCGAAAAAGAUGGCAGAGAGGGAAAACUUAAACCGGGCACAGGCUCAACAACGCACGCAAUACAGCUCUCAGACAAUUUCGCUGCUUGACGGAAACUCGUCGCUUUGCUUUCAAGUGUCCUGCGUGUGA